CUGCAGGACAGUCGCCCUCCCCGUGGUGACGUCACUCUCCCAGAAUGCCUGGGUCCCAGCGCGGUGCCCCGCUGUCCAGGCCCAAACUCCCACAAACAGCUUUCAAACUUCCCCCAUUAUGUCGUCGUGAAGCGCAAAAACGAAAGCCGGGCAGAAAGCUGGGAAGACAUGCGUCCGGUUUGUAAUGACGAUGGACUACCCAGGUGAUUUGGCAGCUGGCACUGUCUGUUUUUAGAUCUUUUCGGUCCAAAAAUAGACUGGAGGCCAGCACAACUGCCCUUCUCAAAAAAACACUUAACUGAGCCAUCUUCAUGACUGCAGCCCUUUUGGGGUUGCUAUGGCAUCGUCUUUAGCACAAUUAAAAUUCUGGUCUGUCCCCAUUAACAGUAAUCAGAUCAUUUUUGCAUUUCUGCAGAAGAACAGCAAACUUUAAAAAAAUGGUUCCUACCAAAAUUUAUUCAUUCUGGAGUAAAGAGAAUAACCACAAUACUAGUGACUAAUGGUUAUUUCUCCUCAUGACUCUUGUUUGUAUCUGCUUGGGCUCUUGUUCAGCGUCCUGCGCAGCUGCGGAGCCACCAGUUUCCAUGUAAUUAGACCAUGUUUCACCAGGAUAAUCUCAAAGGGCAUGUUUAUGAGGACCUCCCAGCCAGAAGGCAGCUUUUCCAAUGCCAGGAUUGUGGAAAACAGUACAACACUCAAUUGGGUUACAAACGCCACCUGGUUGCCUUCCACAGCACUACGGCGGGCCAGCAAUGCAUGAAGGAGUCUGCAGCUAUGCUGGAGAACCUGGGUGAACAUAGUGACACGCCUCUCUCAACAGAGGGAAGCCCUAAUGUGCCAUUGAGAGAGAGGAAGUACUCAUGUGAACGAUGCGACCGGCGGUUUUAUACCCGCAAGGAUGUACGCCGUCAUGCUGUGGUGCAUACUGGUCGCCGUGACUUCCUUUGCCCAUGCUGCGCACAACGCUUUGGCCGCAGAGACCACCUGACCCGCCAUUUGAAAAAGAGCCAUGCACAGGAGUCUGGUUUGAUGCCACCGUCUACUUCCAGCACUCAUGUAGCUCCUCAGACCUCAACCAACCCCUGUCCAGUCAAAGAAGAGCCCAGUCCAGAGUCUUCUAUGAUAAGUUCUGCCUCUAAGGAUACCUCUGAAGCUUUUACCAGGGACAUUAGCACUUCCUACACCUUGACAAAUCUAAUCCCUGCCAUGGGGCAUCCUCAUGGACUCGUCCAAGGGCCCUUGUCCUCGAGCAUGGGUGUAGGACAUCAUCUGACUACACAUUCUUCCCACUCACUUCGCCAUGGUCUUCAGCCACCAGCAGUAUCACAGCAGCAACCCUACGGUAACAUGUCACAGUAUCAGUACGGACCUUCCUCAUAUCCGCGCUCUGACAUGGAGAACUUCCUGCUGGACUUUCAGAGUAAUCCUUCACCUCAACUAAGCACGGUGAAUUCCUCCAUUUCUGCUUCACCCCAGAAGCAAAUUUUGGGUGACGGGCUGGAUGUCGGUGGGGACACGCAUGCAUUACCUAGGACUCCUGCUAUCUCUAAUGAUUUGCCAUGCAACACUAACGUGGACCUUGGGUCGCUGCUUAGCUUCCUGCCUUUCAGCCUGCCACCGUAUAACCCUCACAUGGGGUUAGUGAUGGGUUAUCCACCAUCCUCCUCCCCCACUUCUUCUCCAUCUUCUUCAUCAGGGUUCUCCUCCCAAGCACCAGGGCCUUUCACGUUUUUCCAGCCCCCCCAGUCUCAUGCACCACAAGGCUCAGGAGUUUUUAACCACAGCCAGCUACCUCAGUCAUAUAGUCCUGCUGUAAGCAAUUCCAGCUCCCUACCUCACUAUUACCAUGCUUUUCAGCAGUAAACAGCUCUUUUCCCGAAGUAUUGUCAUAUGCACUUGUUGUAUAUAUUGUUGUACAUAUUAUUUGAAAACGAGCAUCCAAGCAACAAGUCACCUCAUUAGUAUUACCUCAUAACUGAAAAGAUUUGAAUGUUUUAGAAAGUUCAGCUGAGAUUCACUAACAUGAAAUGCAUUACAUUACAUACAUGGGAAAUGUAUUAAUGUUUGAAUGCAGAUAUGUAACCUCUAAAAAAAAAUGUCACCUUUUCUAAAUGUAUAAAUCUAGAAAAUAUUACUUUAUUUUCUGAUCAUCUGUGCCUUUCUGACAAAAGUGUUGAUGGCAUUUUCUUAGGAUGUUUCUCAUCUGCUGCUUUAAUGUGGAUUUAGGAAGCUGUGGUAAUAUUACUUGUGUAAAGUUGCUGAAAAUAUCUGGAAACAUUUGUCACAUCAAAUGGGUUUCUACCAAAGUUUGUGAUUUGCAAUGAAAUGAACUAAAUAGUAUCAAAAACUCCGCUUGUUCGGAAACGAUGUCUUCGUUAAGCACAUUAGUUGCAAGAUAUCUUCUACCAUAUCAAUCUAGAAAAAACAUGUUAAAGGAGAAGAACUUUUAAAAAAUUAAAAUAUAAGCUUAUGGCAGUCUAAACCAGUGGUCUCAAACUCAUGUCCUUAAGGGCCAGUGUCCUGCAGCUUUUAGAUGUCUGUUUCAGCACUCCUGGCUCCUGGUUCAUGAGCAGAACUCUGUAGAGCUUGACUGGACGCUAGGAAGGCAGUUUUAAUUCAAGUGUGUAGGAGAAGGGACACAUCUAAAAGUUGCAGGACUCUGGUGCUUUAGGACUGCAGCUUGACACCACUGGUCUAACGGCAUGUGCCCAGAAUUUGAAGGCGUGUUUUCCUGCAUAAAGCAGUUCAUGUAGAUGUAUGAAUGUGUGAUCGUCCACCUCUGAAGAGGGUCUGAAGGACUUCCUCUUAGUCAUUGUGUUUUGUCCUAGAAACCACUGACCUGCUGUACAUACGUUACUCUAAAUUAAUGCUGAAGUCUAAUUUAAUGACAUUUUCAGGCACUUCUCCAAUUUGCUUUUUUUUAUCAUAUGUUUCAUGUUGACCAACUGUUUUGCUACAAAAUGUCUAGAAAUGCAGAAGGAAGCAGAAACCUUACAUUCGGAGUCCAUGUUUUCCUGCUCCAAGGAAUUAAAAUAUAUUAAGGAACUGUUACGAGUUCCUUUCAGUGUUGUGUGGAAAAAUUAGGUGAAAUUGAAAAAUUGAUGCCUUGAGGGGUUGGUAGAUUUUUCUCCCUAGUAUUAAUUUUGUGGAGUUGUUGUUUUUUUGGGGGGGGAGGGGGUUUAAGAGACUUUAUGAAACUUAUUCUUAUUUUUAUAGUGCUGCCCCAGGAUCUUAAUCUGCUACUGUUGUGAGAGUGUGUAGUCUUGACUAGAUUAAAGCACUUACAGUAGUUACAAGAGGAUGUAUCAAACACACAUGUGGAUGUGUAGUUGCUCCUUACGUACUAGUUGCCUCUAGAUUAAAAGCUUAAAGUCAGCUAAUGGACAAUCCCUGAUUGCUGGCAGUAACUGUUGCUUCUGUUGGGUUAUGUCCGUCACAUGUAUCCGCUGUGCCAGCAAAAUGCCAAAAUAGCUACUUUUCUUGAGGUUCUCAUAUCGAUGAUGACUUGGUGAAUAAAUCCAUCUUGCCAGGAGCAGCUCGCUGCUUCUUAACUCCCAUGGAUACAGUAAGGGUAGACUUUUACUAUCCAACGCUUCUGAGUUUUGGAUUUAUUUAAAUAAUCUUGUUCAUCUGAGGUUGACAAAUUUUUUUUAGUGUUAAUAUGUAGGACCUACUAGGAACCAGAGCAGCUUCCCAUUUAUCUUCUAAUUUGUUAAACCUUACAUUAGAGUGAAUACUGUGACUGUAUGUUCAUACACACAUAUACAUGUGUGUACAUGUAUGUGAAAGUCUAUGAGACUACCUCUGCCUUAUCAUAUUUUGAUGUAUAACGUUUCUAUUAUGGACAAUGGAAAUAUGUGUAGAGUACUUGUUAAAAAAAAAAAAAAAGGCUCACACCUCCUGAUAAAUUAUGUUCUGUAUUUUGAUUAUUUUCUACAUGGGGAUUGUGUGGAUGAACAAAAAGACUUCCAAAUAACUUUUAGUGAACCUUUCUUUUAUCUGCACCUUUCUAACUUUUACUUUCACAAAUUUCUUUCACUAAUGUUUUUUUCCUUCGGAGGACCCAAGCAUGGUAAACGUUUGUCUGGUGCUUUUCUUUUUCCAGUUUGCAAUCCAGCAAUCUUUUUUUUUAUUGCUGAUUUUCUUCAUCAAUGUCACUCACAAAAACAUCCACUGAAGCUACGGGAGGUGUACCCAAACUUUUAACUGGUACUUUGUAAUGAUAGUGUGCCGACAUGGCUCAAGUAUAGUGGAAUUCUUAGAUUUUUUUUUGAUUUUUUUUUUAACAAACAUUUUAAUUUCAUUAAAAUUACUACCUCAAGCUGCAGCAAAA